AUGUUUUCGUAUAUCAUGCACUAAUGUAAAACAUUUUAAAUGUGCUCAAGAGUUAGGGAAAAAGAAGUGCCGGUAACGCAUACAUGGACGAUUUUACUUUUGUAUUUCUCCGGUUACGGCCAGCCCGAAUUUCAAUGUGAAAAUGAUCUGCUGGUAUAUUAGUUAGACGAAAAAAUGUCUUUACAAUGAACUGCGUGCUAUGUAAAUUACGCACAGUGUUAGGCCGAAUAUGAGACAAAAUCGACGUCGGAUUUCACGGAGACUAGCAAUGGUAAUUUUACUGUAAUCACUGCGACUUCCUAUGGCAGAAGCAUGAGUGAAACUGUAGGCGCCCUUUUACCGGUGAAAGAGCGUCAACGACCAAUUGUCGAUGAGGCCAAUCGAACAGUGUACUGCCCCGAUGAAGGAAAAGAUCGGCCUGCCUGUCAAGUCCGCAUGAUUCCCGGGAGUAAUCUUGCAUUAAAAAGACUCAUCGAAGUUACUGAUAAGGAUUAUACCAAGGCGCUGCUCGCACCAAUUCUGAUGUCGUGUCGGGGCUGUUCGAAAUCAUUCCCUGGAGUCGCUCGACUAACUGAGAUGCUUAUGCAUCUUGAUUCGAAACAGCAUUCGAAGACAUGUGGCGUCCCUGUCGAAGAAAAUCCUUUGUACCAAAUGGCACUUGAAGCUACUGCAGCGAAGAAGAAGACUGCUGAAGCUGAAGGAUUGAUGCAACUCACAUAAAAUAAAUUAGGGUUAUUCUAAUUAUGAUAACUAGUUGUGUUAUAUAAUCCGAACUCUGGCUCGAGUUAUCCGCGCGAUUUUCAGUGGGAGGAGCGUCGUGGAGCUAGGAUUUCAACGAACUGCUUCGUCUGAAGCUUGAAAGCUAACACCUGGCUACUUCAUUGAAUGAAGGUUGUUCACAAGACAGCUCACAAUCAGACAAGCCAUCGUGUAGAUUAAGAGGUUGUUUGUAUAUAUAGAUUUAUGUCGAUGCGGUUGCAUUAUCAUACGCAGUAGGUAGGUACAGAAUCAGCAAAGGCUCAAAGUGAACUCAGCUUAAGUCAACGAGUUGUCAUCAAUAAUAAUAUAUCUAUAUCAGAUAUAUAACUGGCUGACUAUUUUGUUUUUACGUCAGGUAAAACAUGAGCAGGUUCAACAAAAGUAUGCUAUUAUUAUGAUCAGGAACAUCAAGAUUGGAGUCCGUGUACGAUAUGAGGCGAAUAGAAAAUAAAUAAGUUGUGCAUUGUGCGUAUU